UAGACGGUCCAGAUGGUAACACAGUAGUUAGGUGCAUCUUUCCGCAGUAGAUCAUUGCCCCGUAACACCAUCCAACAACAUCCAGGGCUUCUUCCCGACCGAUCUGCGACUCUUGUUAUCGAAAAAGCAGCGGAAGGAGAUUGCGGCGAAGAGAAGAAGAUGGUGAAGGUGUUGACCUACUUUGGGAUGACAUUGGCUGCUUUCGCCUUCUGGCAGUCCAUGGACAAAGUUCAUGUCUGGAUCGCUCUUCACCAAGACGAGAAGCAAGAAAGAAUGGAGAAGGAAGCGGAGGUAAAGAGGGUUAGAGCAGAGCUGCUGCGGAAAGCCAGAGAGGAGGACACUCUUGCCUGAUCAAUGUAUUUUUGGCUUUCUAAUAAUCAAAUAUCAAUUCCCUACUACUCUCCUUCACAUUUUUUUGCACCGUUAUGGACCAAAAUUGAGUUUGGAUAACAUUUAUAUGCUUUUGAAUUUGUGAUGAUCAUGAAUAAAUAUAGCCUUCUUUGUUGUU